AUGUCUUCAAGUUCACGUCGUAGCGGAAAAGGAAAUCCAUCUCAAUCAUCAACCACCGAAGGGACCGGUGAUGAUGUUUCUAAAUCCGACAUUUGGAGGUUGCAUUAUAAAAAAAUUGAGAAGGCGGACGGAACUUGUCGAGCUCAAUGCAAUUAUUGCAAGGCAAACUACGCCUUCAAAAAAGGAGAUGGGUAUGGAUCUUAUUGGCGGCACUUGAGGAAUAAUCAUCCCCAAGCUCUAGGCAUCGACAAAAGUCAAACUCAAUUGCAAACCGGAUCUUCACAGGGAGGUCAACGAUUGGUGUUUGAGCGCUUAAAGCGCCCGAGGUCCACGGGUUCAAGUUCCAAUCGACGAUUGGAACUUGACCAAUAUCUAACCAUUCGUUUUGAUUUUCCUCAUGAUGAAGAUCCAAGUGCCUUUUCCAUGUUUGAUAUAUUAGAUUGGUGGAAGUCAAAGAGUUCAGCGUUCCCAAUUAUGUCGAAGAUUGCAAAAGAUGUUCUCGCUUGCCCCGUAUCCACAGUUGCAGUCGAAGCUGCAUUUAGUAUCGCGGGCCAUAUAUUGGAUCAAAGAAGAAGCAAUCUCCGCCUCGAAAAUUUAGAAGCACAAGUUUGUUUGGAUAAUUGGGGAAAAAGCAAUUUCCGACACAAAGACGACCACGUCGCUGUUGAUGAUGAUGACGAUUGCGAUGAAGCUUACAUCGAAAGUGGGACUUCAACUUCUGCAAGUCGUGCUUCUACUCUACACACUCUGUCUAUCGACGACUAG